AUGACACCACGAAGGAAAAACUCAAAACUCAAAAUUACAGGGAGCGCCCAUCUCGAAUUUUACGUCUUCGAAUUUCCUCAAGUUCCUCCUCGACUGCAAGCCCAAAAUGGCACCCUUGGCAGACUCGAUGAGCUCGAGUACCUCAAGUACCUCGUAGCACAAAUAAACGAGAAAUUCACGCGCUCUAGGAGAAAGCAAAGGUUGUCGUUCCACCUCGGAAGACUCCCGCUCAACAGCUUAGGACUAUUCUUAUUGGUUCUCCUGGUGCCG